AUGGCUAUGGUGGAUGAGCCUCUAUACCCAAUUGCUGUUUUGAUUGAUGAGCUGAAGAAUGAAGACAUUCAGCUGCGGUUGAACUCAAUCCGCAAGCUCUCCACCAUUGCUCGUGCGUUGGGGGAGGACAGGACCAGGAAGGAACUGAUUCCUUUCCUGAGUGAGAACAAUGAUGACGAUGAUGAGGUGCUUCUUGCGAUGGCAGAAGAAUUGGGGGUGUUUGUUCCCUAUGUUGGUGGUGUGGAGUAUGCCAAUAUUCUGCUCCCACCGUUGGAAACCCUCUGCACGGUUGAGGAAACGUGUGUGAGGGACAAGGCCGUGGAGUCGUUGGGUAGGAUUGGGGCGCAGAUGAGGGAGCAGGACUUGGUUGAGUAUUUCAUCCCUUUGGUCAAGAGGCUGGCCGCUGGCGAGUGGUUUACAGCUCGUGUUUCAUCGUGUGGUUUGUUUCAUAUUGCUUACUCUAGUGCCCCCGAGUCUAUGAAAACUGAACUUCGAACUAUUUACAAUCAAUUGUGCCAAGAUGAUAUGCCCAUGGUUAGAAGAUCUGCUGCAACUAACCUGGGAAAAUUUGCUGCGACUGUUGAAGCUGCCCACCUCAAAACUGAGGUCAUGUCUAUAUUUGAGGAUUUGACACAGGAUGAUCAGGAUUCUGUUCGAUUAUUGGCUGUCGAGGGUUGUGCAUCUCUGGGGAAAUUGUUGGAACCUCAAGACUGUGUCGCCCAUAUUCUUCCUGUCAUUGUCAAUUUUUCACAGGAUAAGUCUUGGCGUGUUCGUUACAUGGUUGCAAAUCAAUUAUAUGAGCUGUGUGAAGCUGUUGGUCCAGAAGCCACCAGGUCAGAUCUGGUGCCUGCCUAUGUUCGUCUUCUUCGUGAUAAUGAGGCUGAAGUACGAAUUGCUGCUGCAGGAAAAGUAACCAAGUUUUGCCGAAUUUUGGACCCAGAACUUGCUAUUCAGCAGAUCCUACCAUUUGUAAAGGAAUUGUCAACAGAUUCAUCCCAGCACGUCCGCUCUGCAUUGGCUUCAGUGAUAAUGGGAAUGGCACCAGUUUUAGGGAAGGAUGCAACCAUAGAGCAACUGCUCCCCAUUUUCCUUUCUCUUCUCAAAGAUGAGUUUCCAGAUGUCCGGCUGAACAUUAUAAGCAAGCUUGAUCAAGUUAACCAGGUAAUUGGAAUUGAUCUGCUGUCCCAGUCUCUAUUGCCAGCAAUUGUGGAACUUGCAGAGGAUAGACAUUGGAGGGUUCGGCUUGCAAUAAUAGAAUAUAUCCCUUUGUUGGCAAGUCAGUUGGGUGUAGGGUUUUUCGAUGAUAAGCUUGGAUCUCUUUGCAUGCAGUGGUUAAACGAUAAGGUUUACUCAAUACGUGAUGCAGCGGCUAAUAAUGUGAAGCGCCUUGCAGAAGAAUUUGGCCCUGAAUGGGCCAUGCAGCAUAUAGUCCCACAGGUUUUGGACAUGAUUAACAACCCCCACUAUUUGUAUCGGAUGACCAUUCUACAUGCAAUUUCCCUACUUGCCCCUGUCCUGGGAUCAGAAAUCACUUGUUCUAAGCUUCUACCAGUUGUUAUUACUGCAUCAAAAGAUAGGGUACCAAACAUCAAGUUCAAUGUCGCCAAGGUGUUGCAGUCACUUAUUCCUAUAGUUGAUCAAUCGGUGGUGGAGAAGAUGAUACGUCCUUGUUUGGUUGAACUCAGUGAAGACCCCGAUGUUGAUGUAAGGUCUUUUGCCACCCAAGCACUACAGUCGAGUGAUGCCAUGAUGUCUAACUAGUGAGCUAUUGUCCUAGAUUCGAUAUUGUUCAAAGUAUUACCUUUUUUUUUUUUUUAUUUCUUUUGUAUGUCGUGUACAAUUCUGCUGUAUCUAAUGUCUUACUUGAGACGCAGAGGUUCUUUGGUCCACUUAGCAAUAUGUCAUCUUUUUGAUUUGUA